ACAAUUGGGGUGCACCCAGUCAGUCGCCCAUUCAGCUCCUGCAAUCCGUGCUUACUCACUCACACACUCACUCAUGCUUUGCUGCAUUCAGUGUGCUUAUCGUGAUAACUUUGAAGGAACCAUUAUCGUGAUUACGCAUGCUCGUGAUUAUUGUGAUUACUCAUGCUCCGCUUUGAAGGAACCAGCAAGUUUGGAGGGAGCUCAGUGCUUGCUUGCUUGCUGCUGUUAGCAAACGUGAGGCUAGACUGGUGGAAUGUUGCGUCCAAGGUCACGUCUGCUCCGCAGGCUUUUUGCGCGAGCUCUGUGAAUGAAUCGGGGAAUGAAGCCACAGAUGCCGGGUGGUCCCUGUGUCACACUUGUUUCCUGGUCUGUACUUAGGUCCAUGACCUGGGUCCGAAUGUUUCGAUUAAAUCGGUAGCGAUUUGGCGGUGGUCUGAACCAUGUGUGCGGUGGUUUCGUUCUGGAGCUCACGUAACUUGCGACAUGGUGGUCAUGUUGGCAGGCUCUGAGCUGCUGCAAGUGGAGGGAUGGAUUUGACAUGGUGUUCUCAUAUGUGUGUGUUGUUGCAGAUAGGAUUGAGAACGUUCUAGUAUCUCGAGGAGUGAGUGGAGUGGCUGCGCGCUGAAAGAUUCAAGGACCCGGAACCGCGAAGUCAACCAGCCAUGCUGACCAACCGGGUUUCGAUUUACUUCGUGUUUUUCCUUGCAAUUGGUGCUGGUGUAUCCCGCGGAGACAUUAACCUCUGCCGUUGUGUGGAUUCCAAAUCCGCCUGCUGGCCAUCUCCUGAAGAUUGGGAUGCAUUCAACGUGACCGUCUGCGGUCGCUUGAUUCUUCCCAAACCAACGGGGAGCCCCUGUCACGGUCCACAUCGAAGCGCGACCCUAUGUCAACACAUUCGAAACAAUUGGUUUGAUGCCUACUUGCGAGCAGACAACGCUGGAAGCAUGCAGAGCGAGAAUUGGGAGGACGAUGGCCAGAAAUCCUGCUCCAUGUACGCACCCGAAAGCAGCGUCUGUCACCAAGGCCGAGUCCCGCUAUACGGAGUACAAGUCGCAACAACACGCGACGUUCAAAGCGCUGUCAAAUUUGCUGCGCGGCACAAACUUCGCGUCGUUGUCAAGACCAGCGGCCAUGACUUCCUGGGCCGGAGCUCAGCAGCUGGGUCCUUUCUGAUAUGGAUGCACAAGUGGAAGAACAUCACCAUCGAUGAAUCAUUUGUGUCGUGUGGGGGCGAGCGUGGCAAUCCGGUUGUAAAAGUAGAUGGGGGAGUUGCGUGGGGGGAAGUGUAUGAUGCACUGAAGGGCACGGGGUGGAUUGUGUUGGGAGGAAUGUCACUUACUGUCAGUGCUACAGGUGGUUUCAUUCAGGGUGGUGGUCACGGCGCCCUGGGCCCUUCCUUUGGGCUAGGCGCUGACAAUGUACUGCAGAUGGAGGUGGUGACAGCUGAUGGCGAGUUCCGUGUCGUAAAUGCGUGCCACGAUCCGGAGCUCUUCUUUUCCUUGCGCGGAGGUGGAGGUGGGACGUUUGGAGUGGUGGUUUCGGUCACGUACAAGCUCCACAAGAAUCCGAGCAACAUUGUAGGGGCGUUUCUGCUGCUUUCACCAUCGAAUGGAACCUCGUGGAGCGUUGAAACCCAGGAGGAGAUCUUGACAGUUUGGUCACGAGGGACGGUUUCACUGGACGCCGCGCUGUGGGCCGGAUACUGGGGUUUUAGUUCAGUGCAAUUCGUUGGCGAAUUGGUAGUUCCUGCCACGCUGGCGGCUGCUAAUGCAACCCUCACCCCAAUUGUGCGAGCUUUGACACAAAUAGAGAAUGUGACGGCGACCUAUUAUGUAAUGCGCAACCAUUCCACGUUCCAGGAUUGGCAUGCUGCAGACUACGAGGUUAUCUAUCCCGGCACGCUCACAGACUAUACAGGGCAUCGGGUCCUGCUUGGAUCCCGCAUCAUUCCCUUCUCGGCACUGAAACAUCCUCGUCGCCUGGCCAAGAGCAUCGUGGCAGCCAUGGCACUCGGUGGUAAUGGUGCAGUGUUGGGGCACAUGGUAAUUGGACCAGGAGUUCGCGCGGCAGAUCCUCACAGACAGACAUCCGUUACUACUGCUUGGCGAGAGGGAAUCUGGCACUUGGCCUCUUGGUCCACUUGGGAGUGGAAUGCAACAGAGGUGACAAAACUAGCAGCGCGCAACAACAUGAAGGGUUUUGUUAAGUCUUUGCAUUCUGCAUUCCCUAACGCAGGGGCUUAUUUGAAUGAAGCCAGUAUCGAUGAACCGCAGUGGCAACGCUCCUUCUGGGGGUAUUCCAACUACCGCAGACUGAUGGCCGUCAAGUUGCGCGUCGACCCACUUGGUCUCUUCGUGUGCCGGAAAUGUGUAGGUAGCGAGUUGUGGAAGGAGGAUGGCAACUGCAAUCGACAUUACUGAAUUACACAUUCCCGAAAAUUGCCUCGCAUUCCAAGAGAUCAUGUGCCGUUCAGAUUAAACCCAAGCAAUAUAAGAAACAAAAAACAAACUAGAGUGCAAAAAGCCGCUAAAUCUCAAAGUUGUUGGCAUGCCGACCCUAUCCUUUGAAUUACAAAUUUCUGAAUCACACAUAAAAACUUCAGAGGUAAGAUUUUCAAGUACUUCGAAAAGCACUGCAAACAACAUAAAAAUGGCUAACGUAACUCUGCUUGAACCUUUUAGUAAAUCGUGGCAACAAUUUCUGUCGCCGUUGCUGCGCAAAGAAGUCUAAGCAAAUUGCAUCGAAACUUCACGCGCACCUUCAUCGCAAGUCCAACAUAUUCCCAACCUCAGCAGGUUUCCACUGCUAUUCUCCUGUUUUAGGGCUAGGUCCCACAGUCCCUUGUCAGAACAUGUUCUGGCGUCUGGGUUUUAUUGGACAAGUCUUCUCAGUGAAGCUCCUUCAAAUCAGCUGCACCAGAGUUUAAAAUAAUAUAAAUGUGGAUAUAAGAGCUAUACUCCAUGCCUUGAACUAACAUUUCAAGUACAUCUCGUCAAAACAUUUUGUGAGGGAUUUGCACUUGUCGACGUAGAUAGCUUCAGUUAGAUCCAUCGUCAAGUCAAUAGUCAUUCCCUUCCAAUGGCAACCAAUGCACGAGCUGAGUGGAAACCGGAACAGCAAUCAAGCACCGUGUCGGUGUACAUGGUGAGUGGUGCUGCCCAUAAGGCGAUCGACUUCAUGACCAACGUGUUCAAUGCGCAGGUGGUUUGCAAGAUGAUGAGUGAUGACAACACAUCCGUCAGGCAUGCGUCCCUUCGCAUCGACGACACAACAGUGAUGAUCUCUGAUGGGUGCAAGGAUUACCCACCGUUUCCAGUGUGGAUGCACAUUUACGUGGAGGAUGUCGACAAAACGUACGAGCUGGCGUUGAGCAAAGGGGCCGAAUCGGUACAUGGGCCCAGGGACGAGUUCUAUGGAGAUCGCGUCAGCACUGUCAAGGACCCUGCAGGCAACACUUGGUGGAUUGCAACCCACAAGUUUACUCCCAAAUGCCUUCCCAGCGGCAAUAAAGAAUGCAAAGUCGACGCUACGGUCUAAAGCAGCCAACUACAAUGUUCGCAAUCAGCGAAGCGAUUUGCACAACCUCUGGAGUAUUACUGUCGGUACAAUUUAGAGCUAGAAGUUUCGAUCUCUUGCCACGGUUCGAUCGUUUUUUGCAGUUUUUUUGUGUGGCAUGUGAGACACUACUACCACUCGUUGCUAUUGUAGUAAAGAAUAUGUUGUGAUCCCAAUGUUAAAUUAUACAAUCUUGUAUCUAA